GAGUUCGGUUUUCGACUUUAUUGAAAAUGAAAUAAUUAUGCAUAAAUUAAUGGGAAUGGGAGAACAUAAUUAGGUUCUUUAUCCAUCAGAUACCUAAAGAACAAGAAAGCAGGUAUUUCGUUCAACAUGGAGAUGUGUCGAGCUUGCUUACAAACUGAAAAUGCAAUGAUUCCAUUCAACGAGACUUCUGUAAGCUGUUAUAAUUUACUUACAAAUCUGAAUGUGACCCUGUUUGAUUGUUUUCCACAUUACUUCUGUAAUAAAUGUGCACAACUCCUAAUUUCAUUCACGGACUUCAAAGAAAAGUCGCUCAAAUCUGAAACAACUCUACAUGAAAUGAUUCAGCAUGUAAAACCUGAAGAAAAAUACUUGCAAAGUGAAAGUAAAUUGGCCUUUCAGCAAGAAGUGAAAAUAGAGGUACUAAAGAAUGAAUGCAACGAAGAAGAAGAUUGUACUGUUAUGUAUGAUGAACCCACAAAUUGUUGUGAAGAGGAUGAAAGAAAACCGGAGAUUGAUUCAAAACCGGAUAAAAAGAAACAAAAAUCUUCAAAAAAGUGUCAGAAAAGAACAAAAAAUACAAAAGUUAAAACAAAUAUCAAAGAAAAAAAGCCAAAGAAAAAAGUAAUUGAUGAAGCUGAAAUAGCAUGGGCCUGUGGGAUGUGCAAUAAAAAUUUCAUCGUCGAAAACGAAUUAAGAAGUCAUUUGGAAACGCAUAAAAACAACAAGCAAUGUCAGAUCUGCUAUGAAAGCUUCAACAAUUGGCCUGCUUUGUUUGGGCACAGACUGGAGCAUAUACCUGUUAAACAGGGCAAGUGUCACAUUUGUAAUAAACGCUCAAAGUCUAGUAUUUACAUGGAAUACCAUUAUCUCUCUGCACAUAAUGAUGGACAGGAAGUGGUGUUAACAUGCAAAGUAUGUAAAAAGAACUACGGAACGCCGACAAAACUGCGAAACCAUAUGAUGUUCCUUCAUUCAGAAGUUAAAUACAUUUGUGAUUAUUGUUCCAAAGGAUUUACUAUCAAAGACACAUUAAAGGUGCAUAUUUUAACGCACAGCGAACAUAAACCUUUGGUCUGUGAUAUGUGUGGAUUUCGGUGCAAACUACAGACUAAUUUAAGAGCCCAUAAGAUAAGAAAACAUUCGCUUACAAAAGUGAAAUGCGCGAGGUGUCAGAUAGUGUUCGUAGACCAGGAGAAGCAUGACAAGCACACAUGUCGCCUGCACGAGGUCAUGUGCCCCGAAUGCGGGAAGAUAUUGAAGCAUUCUAGACAGCUGAGACGUCACCGCGAGACGCACCGGCUAGUAGGCAGCCACAAGUGCGCGCGCUGCCCGGCCGCUUUCAAGACGCGCGAGGCGCUGCGCGUGCACACGCACCGGCACGACGGCGUGCGCACCAAGCAGUGCGACGUGUGCCAAGCCAAGUUCUACUCCAGCAGCGUGCUCAUCCGCCACCGCCGCAUCCACACAGGUGAGAAACCUUAUGUCUGCACCAUUUGCGGCCGCGGCUUCAUCUGCGGAGGCAGCCUGAAGGUUCACAUGAAGGUGCACGGCCUGUUCCUCAUCACAAAGAAGGACAAGCCAGCGGAGAAUAUCACUGAUUUAUUUAAAAUGUAAGAUUUAUUUUAUUAUAUUUUAUAAAUAAAUUAUGAGAUCUAAUUUA